CACAAGAAGGCAGAUCCGCUAAUAUUAGGGACAAGCCAGCAAAGCACAAGUCAAAUAACAAUGACUUCUGGGAUGACAUUACAAAAAUUGGCAAUGAAAUGAAUGAUGAUGGUAUGUGGACUUCUCAUAAUCUUUCAUAA